CGCUGACUGCUGACCGUCCUUCCUUCAGCCAUGGACACCCCUGGCUAUCCUUCAUCAGUGCCCACAACCUGGGAACCCGGGAACACCUCCGUGGCCUGGCCCCUGGAUGCCACCCUGGGAAACGUGUCCGUAGCCCCGAGCGCAGCCGGGCUGGCCGUCAGGGGUGUCCUGAUCCCACUGGUCUACCUGGUGGUGUGUGUGUUGGGCCUGCUGGGCAACUCGUUGGUCAUCUAUGUGGUCCUGCGGCAUACGGCCACCCCAUCGGUCACCAACGUCUAUAUCCUCAACCUGGCGCUGGCCGAUGAGCUCUUCAUGCUGGGGCUGCCCUUUCUGGCUGCCCAGAAUGCCCUGUCCUACUGGCCCUUUGGCUCCCUCAUGUGCCGCCUGGUCAUGGCUGUGGAUGGCAUCAACCAGUUCACCAGCAUCUUCUGCCUCACCGUCAUGAGUGUGGAUCGCUACCUGGCGGUGGUGCAUCCCACCCGCUCUGCCCGCUGGCGCACGGCGCCCGUGGCCCGCAUGGUCAGCGCGGCUGUCUGGGUGGCCUCAGCGGUCGUGGUGCUGCCUGUGGUGGUCUUCUCGGGUGUGCCCCGGGGCAUGAGCACCUGCCACAUGCAGUGGCCCGAGCCGGCGGCGGCCUGGCGGGCCGGCUUCAUCAUCUACACGGCCGCGCUGGGUUUCUUUGGGCCGCUGCUGGUUAUCUGCCUCUGCUACCUGCUCAUCGUGGUCAAGGUGCGCUCGGCGGGGCGGCGGGUGUGGGCACCCUCGUGCCAGCGGCGGCGGCGCUCCGAGCGCAGAGUCACGCGCAUGGUGGUGGCCGUGGUGCUGCUCUUCGUGCUCUGCUGGAUGCCCUUCUACGUGCUCAACAUCGUCAACGUGGUGUGCCCGCUGCCCGAGGAGCCGGCCUUCUUCGGCCUCUACUUUCUGGUGGUGGCGCUGCCCUACGCCAACAGCUGUGCCAAUCCCAUCCUCUAUGGCUUCCUGUCCUACCGCUUCAAGCAGGGCUUCCGCCGGGUCCUGCUGCGGCCUUCCCGCCGUGUGCGAAGCCAGGAGCCCCCCACGGGGCCACCGGAGAAGACAGAGGAGGAAGAGGAGGAGGAAGAGGAUGGGGAGGAGGGUGUGGAGGAAAGGAAUGGGAAGCAGGGAGAGGGAGAGGAGACGAGUGGCCGGGUCAGCCAGAUCACACGGCCUGGCACCAGCAGGCCGGAGCAGCCACCCAGCCGUGUGGCUGGCAAGGAACAGCAGUUCCUACCCCAAGAGCCCUCAGCUGGACAGAAGUCAGGCACGCUGCAUAUCAGCUGUCUGUAGGGGCCCGUGGAGGGCCAGGGUAACUCGAGGACAGGGCAGAGGCUGUGGAUGCACCUGGGGCAUGUCGCCCGCGGUGCCAGAGGCCCAUGACAGGACGUUCAGAUCCCAUUGCUGCUGAGACUCGCUGUGUGACCUUGGAUAAGCCGCUUCCCCUCUCUGGGCCUCAUGUUCUCCUCCAUGACUCGGGUGGGAGUAAUUGGCCUAGACAAGCUCUGCCGGAUGAGAAGCCUGGAGGGGCAGCAAUGCUGGGCUGACCUUCUUGAGCAAGACCCAGGUUGAGGGGACAGGUGCAGACUGGCCGACCCCUUCAGAGACCGAGCAUCCUGGUGGAUCAGCCUGAAUCUUGGCCUUCAGAGGGAUAAACCAAGGCCCCGGUAUCCUGGCCGCAGAGGCAGGUUCCCAGGAGAGGGACUGGGGCCCAGGUUCACAGGGAGCUAGACCAGGGCCCCAAACAGAAGAAAGUCUUACCCGUGGGGAGACGGGGUGUGAGACUGCUCAGGCCCAGCUCUUUCCCACUUGCCGUGAGGCCUUGAAGCAGCUCUUUCUCUGGGCCGCAGGCCUCGCCUGCUGAGCAACCUAAUAACCUCCAGGCCUUCUUGGCCCAGACGGUUGGGCCAGGACCCUUAUACUCCUGGACAGGAGAAGAGGUGGCUUUUUCAGGAAGCUCAUUAAGUCCAGCCACAGGGUCCCUUACUGUCCCUUCCAAAGUCCUGAAACUAAUUUUGUACCUGUUAUUUUGUAUUGCUUUUCUUAAACAGGGACUCCAAAUUACGUAAGCUUAGGCUCCCCAAAGCCCAGCUCGGCCUCUGCUGAGGGCAGCUGACCAAUCCCAAGAGCACAUCACUUUGUGUCCUGUGGCUGGAGGCUAUGGUCUCUGGGUCUUCGAGAGCUCCAGGAGCCUCCUCAGAGAAGAAAUCAUCCCUGUUCUUCCCCUCCCAGUGACAAAGGCAGGGACCUGGCCCAGACAGACUGGCACGGAAAGGCAGAGGGUCUAGACUUGCUGAGAGGAGAAGGAAGCAGAGGAGGAAGAAGAUGGAGAGAAGGGAGCGGGAGGAGCACAAAGAGGAGGAGGAUGGAGGACAGAUUUGCUCCAUGACCUUGAGUUUCCUUGGCCCCUCUGGGCUGAGCUCAGAUGCUGCAUCGAUGAAACUGGGUUGCCAAUGUAUGGCCCAACCAGUCUGCAGGAAAGGAGGCUGUCAGAAUGGAAAAGCAAAAGCCGAGAAAGGUACAGGGCCAACCCCCUUCAGGGCCUAUCAGCACUGGUAGGAAGGGCUGGGCCUUGAUGGCAGCCUGAGGGCAGAGCUGAGAAGCAGGGCCUGGCAGGUAGGGAGCAGGCCUCCCUUCCUCUAAACUCCUCAGGGGUACAGGAUCCGGAAGGCCCGGGAAGACAAGACAAAAGGAGGCUGGAGUGGGACAUAGAGAGGGGCCAUUGUCCAAGGCUGGGCCUGACAGGCCUGGACUCCCUCCCAGAGCCACGGGCAAGACUGGCCUCAGGGAGGGUGGUACCUCUGGCUAAGUGCUCCAACCCUCCACCCUGCUGAGGGCAGAGGGUCCUCAGGGAAAUCACACAAACCACAGUUUGAGAGACCUACAUCUUUAACUCACCUCUGCAUCCUGGCUAGCCUUGACCUCUCCGGGCCUCAGUUUCCCCAUCAUAAAAUGGAGAUGGUUGCUCCAGCUUGCCUGCCGCCUGGGACUUGAGAAGGAAAAUGGGCCACGCUGGGUAAACUGUCAUAUGCACUACAGUGAGUGGGAGUGGGUUAUGUCAGAUUAUAAAGUGGAGGUGGCAUCCCUGACCUUUACCCUCUUCUCCUUUAUCUAGGGACCUCUCUGUAUCCAGCCCUUGAGGGUGAGGAUACUUCAUGACAUGACAAAGGGAGAGUUGCAGGUCAGAUGCCAAGGAUCAGAGAGGCAGAACUUAGGAGAAUGUAAGGCCCCCUCAGGGAGAAUAAAGUUCACAAAAUCAGACCUCGUGUGGAGGCUGGGGGCUCGAGGUCUAGCGCUCAGCCUGCGGUUCCUCUGAGAAGGAUCUGGAGGUCUGAGGGAAGAGGGCCCCUUAGCAUCGCAGCAUUUCCUGGCUGGCCCUGCCUUCCUGAUUCCUGGGGUAGGUGAGCCUGUUCUGCAAGGGUGGCUGGGAGGCCCCUUAGGAAAAUUCUUUGCUGCUUCUACCCCUAGCUUUUGUCAAUAAAGGCGGUGACAGAUGAAAACAGCCAUGGCCUGGGCCAAUUCCUUUGCCAGGUGCUGUGUGUCUAGGUCAGUGUGCAUGGGUGGGCAUGUAUAUAGGUGUCUACCUCUAUCAAGAUGCUCCCUUUAUCCAUCUCUCAGGUCUGUGUACCCAGGCUUCCCAGAGUCCUGGCAUUCCAGGGGAUGUGCAAGAUGCCCCUGA